CUCAUACGCACAAAUCACAUGUGCUUGUCAUAAUCUUUCUUGGUCUCUUCUUUUCCCCUUCUGUCAGCAACUUUUAAUCUUUAAAAUCAUCAGAAAAAAAGGCAGGCAAUGGCCAAUGAUCAAAUGAAACCCGUGGCUGGUCUGCUUUUGUUCCUUAAUUUCUGCAUGUAUGUCAUUGUUUUGGGGAUUGGUGGAUGGGCCGUCAAUAAAGCCAUCGAUCAUGGUUUUAUCAUUGGACCUGCCUUUGAACUUCCCGCGCAUUUCUCACCCAUUUACUUCCCCAUGGGAAAUGCUGCCACUGGAUUCUUCGUGACAUUUGCUAUGCUAGCCGGAGUUGUCGGUGUAGCAUCUGCCAUUGCCGGCAUUAACCAUAUCCGUUCAUGGCAUGCCAGUAGCUUACCGUCAGCAGCUUCGGUUGCAGGCGUUGCUUGGACCCUUACUCUACUUGCCAUGGGAUUUGCCUGCAAACAGAUUGACCUUGAAAUCAGGAAUGCUCGUCUGAGAACAAUGGAAGCAUUUAUAAUCAUUCUUACAGUUACACAGCUUUUUUACAUAGCAGCGAUUCACGGUGGCGCUUAAACGAUAUAUGUUGAAAACAUGGUUAAAUGCUCCGUGAUUGCGUCUUCAUUUUAUAUCUUUUGUCGCCAUGAAUUUUUCUCUUUUGUAUUCAUUUGAUUCUUUAGAUGUAAUUGGUGUGUGAUACAAUUGGAUUUUUACAUCUUGUAAAAUCUUCUGGUGCAAUAACAAGAUUUCAUCAAUCUCCCAA